AUGGGCAGCAACAUCGCCAGCGACACCGUCAAGCCGACAUGUCUCAUCAAUCUCCAGCUGGGAUGGCCGUCACCCCGUCUCUUCGCAGCAAGCGGUCUUCUCGAGGGCGCCAACCAGGUCCUCACUUCAGACACCGAGAUAGCCGCCGCGCUCGUCUACGGUCCUCACGUCGGACAUCCUCCUCUCCGCAAAAGCGUGGCAGAAUGGCUCUCCUCGGUCUACGGGACGCCAGCUGAUUUCGAAAGAAUAAGUAUCAGCAACGGCGCCUCGGGGAACCUGGCCAACGUCCUGUUGAAAUUCACCGAUCCGCUCUACACGCGCAAGAUCUUCAUGGUUGAGCCGACAUACUUCCUUGCAUGCCCCAUCUUUGAAGACAAUGGGUUCCAGGGUAAGCUGAAAGGCGUCCCCGAGGACAACGAGGAGGGCCUAGAUAUUGCUUUUCUUCGCCGGGAGCUGGAAGUUGCAGAGGCACAAGCAUUGGAAAAGGCAAAGGCUUCUGGAGAACUACAUGCCCCGACGAUCAAGACAGGCAAGACGUACCCGAAAAUCUACAAAUACGUCAUCUACCUUGUCCCAACUUUCUCCAAUCCCAGCGCAAAGACUCUUUCUAUACAGAUGCGAAAGGAUCUUGUCAGCCUUGCUCGCGAAUACGACGCGCUCGUCAUUUCAGACGAUGUCUACGACUUCCUGAGCUGGCCGGAAGAUGCCGCUGCUCCUAUUGACGCCGUAGCCACUGUGCCUCCUCGUCUUGUCGACAUCGACCGAGGGAUGCCUGGCUGCAACCAAUUCGGAAAUACCCUGAGCAAUGGCUCCUUUUCCAAAGUCAUUGGGCCUGGUGUUCGAGUCGGAUGGGCGGAGAGCACGCCGGCUUUUGCCAAGGAGCUAGGAGAGGUCGGCUCUUCAAGCUCAGGCGGCGCUCCUUCGCACCUCACCUCGACCUUUGUUGACAAAAUGCUUCGAAGCGGACAGCUCCAGUCCCACAUCAAAGACACGCUCAUUCCCACGUACCGAGAGAGAUAUUAUGCGCUCAUGACCGCCAUCGAAAAGAUCCUGGUUCCUCUCGGGGUUCGUGUUGAAGUGAACAGGCCCAAAGACGCAGGUUCAGCGACGGCGGGGGGAUUCUUCACGUACCUCAGGCUACCAGACGACCUUCCCGUCGCCAAGAACGUAGCCGCGAUUGCGCUAAAGGAUCAACAGUUGCGCGUUGCCUUUGGACACAUGUUCACCGUCACUGGAGAUGAGAGCAGCAUCUCUCGGGCUGAAGCAGAAGAUGGGUUUGCCCGAUGCAUCAGACUUUGCUGGGCGUGGCAUGAGGUUGCGGAAAUCAAAGAGGGAAUCGAGAGACUGGGGGCUACUAUUGUUGACGUUCGGGAAAGGAUCGAGAAGGGAGAAGACUUGAGUAGCCCUGUAACUAUUGGAAUCCGGUAG